AAAUGUUAUAAUUUCUCCAGCUGGAGUAAUAGAAGUAGCAGAAGAAGAACCGUUUUUUGGAAAACUGCCGAGGAACAAGACUGAGCAGCAUUUAAAUGAUAAAGGAUAAACCAGAACAAGAGUGUCGCAUAUGGACGCAGUGAUCCGCAGGUGCCCUUUCCUCGCUGUGGUGCCCAGUGUUGUCCUGCAGCUGGCAGUGAAGUCAUCACUGGCGAGCUAUGCCCAAAAGUGCCCUGUGAUGAUGGACCUGGCCUCCAGACCUCUGGCCAGAGCUCUGUCCUCUUCAGCUUCUGCAUCCAAAGGCUCUCCAACAAUUGAUGAUCAAAAGAAUGAAGUCAAGUUGGCCCCAGGGCAUGUCACGCCACCUGCUGGCCAGACUGUAGGCUCUAAAUGCCCUUUCCUGGCUGCAGAAAUGGUGCAGAAAAACAACAGGGUAGUAAGAGAGGCCAGCUUGGAGCUGCAAGAGGACGUCCAGGAAAUGAACUCUGUGCCCACAGGGAAACAAGAUGUGGAUUUAUCUGUUGCGGAUCUUAUCGAGGCAGACAAGGCCAACACAGGGGCACCAAAAACCCGUUUUAUACCCAUAUCUUUCAAAGUGUCUCACCUGCUAAAGACCAAUCUGCCUGAGGUAGUGACCUUCCAGUAUGAUGAGUAUUUUGAAAAGAAGAUUGAAAGCAAGAAGACAGACCACACAUACAGGGUUUUUAAGACAGUGAACCGGCGUGCCUCCUCGUUCCCCAUGGCAGAUGACUACUCAGAGUCCAUUCAUGCAAAGAGAGACGUGUCUGUGUGGUGCAGCAAUGACUACCUCGGCAUGAGCCGUCACCCCAAAGUCACCCAGACAAUCACCGAGACUUUACAGAAGCACGGUGCUGGUGCUGGAGGCACACGAAACAUUUCAGGGACGAGCAAAUUCCACGUGGAACUCGAAUACGAGCUAGCUGACCUGCAUGACAAAGAUGCUGCACUGCUGUUCACUUCUUGCUUUGUAGCCAAUGACUCCACAUUGUUUACCCUGGCAAAAAUGCUACCAGGUUGUGAAAUCUACUCCGACGCUGGCAACCACGCCUCAAUGAUCCAGGGUAUAAGGAACAGUGGGGUCAAGAAGUUUAUCUUCCGUCACAAUGACGUCAGCCACCUGCAAGAGCUGCUUGAGAAGUCUGACCCCUCCACUCCAAAGAUUGUUGCCUUUGAGACGGUGCAUUCAAUGGAUGGGGCUGUGUGCCCACUCGAAGAGAUGUGUGAUAUUGCCCACAAAUUUGGUGCCAUUACCUUUGUGGAUGAAGUUCAUGCUGUGGGUUUGUAUGGGCCCAGAGGAGGAGGGAUCGGGGACAGAGACAGAGUCAUGCACAAGAUGGACAUCAUCUCUGGAACCCUUGGCAAGGCAUUUGGCUGCGUGGGUGGCUACAUCGCCAGCACCAGCGCCCUGGUGGACACAGUGCGCUCUUAUGCUGCAGGCUUCAUCUUCACCACUUCCCUGCCCCCCAUGCUGCUGGCAGGGGCAAAUGAGUCCAUCAAGGUUCUGAAAAGUGAGGAAGGCCAGGUGCUCAGGAGGAAACAUCAGAGGAGCGUCAAGCUGCUCCGACAGAUGCUAAUGGACUCAGGCCUUCCGGUGGUCCACUGCCCGAGCCACAUUAUUCCUGUCCGGGUGGCAGACGCAGAGAAGAACACUGAGAUCUGUGACAUCAUGAUGUCUCGUUACAACAUCUACGUCCAGGCAAUCAACUACCCCACUGUGGCUAAAGGAGAGGAGCUUCUGCGCAUCGCACCCACACCACACCACACUCCCCAGAUGAUGUUCUACUUUGUUGACCGGCUGGUGAAGACGUGGAAGGAGGUGGGUAUGGAGCUGAGGCCACACUCCUCAGCAGAGUGUGACUUCUGCCAGCAGCCUCUUCACUUCGAGCUGAUGAGUGAGAGGGAGAAGUCCUAUUUCACAGGCCUCAGUCACAUGAUAUCAGCAGUAGCCUGAUAUUACUUAAAACAUGAAAUCCCUACCAGCCCCACCUCCUAUAGUAUUCAAGCUAUUUAUUUAAAUUCACAUUAAAUAGUCAAAAUAAUAAUACAUUUUAUUUAUAGAGGGUGCUCAAAGACACUUUAUGAAAGUUAAAAUGAUCAUCCAUUAUUAUUAAUCACACAUUAACAUGGCUCUGGCACCCCAGGUCCGAUGCUUGGUCCUGAGUGGUGGGCAUCAGAUAUGUGUGUAAAAUGUUCUCUGUCACCAAAAAAAUGUGUGGGUAAA